AUGCGCCAAGUCCUUACUUCCCCAGAAGGUGGCUAUUAUACGACCCGACCCGAAGGUGAAGGGGAGGUGUUUGGGAAAAAAGGAGACUUUGUCACGUCGCCGGAAAUAUCCCAGGUUUUCGGGGAACUGGUUGGCGUAUGGACGAUAGCAGAAUGGAUCGCGCAAGGCCGAAAACGCAGUGGAGUGCAGUUAAUGGAGACAUUCCGGAAUUUCAAAACCUUUACGUCGAGCAUUGAAGGCAUUUAUCUGGUGGAAGCUAGUCCUACGCUUCGGGAGGUGCAGAAACGGCUUCUCUGUGGCGAUGCACCCAUGGAGGAAACUGACGUCGGCCACAGGAGUACUAGCAAGUACUUUGAUGUUCCCGUGGUUUGGGUGGAGGAUAUACGGUUACUGCCUCAUGAGGAGGACAAGAUGCCCUUCAUUUUCGCCCAUGAAUUCUUUGACGCACUCCCAAUGCAUGCCUUUGAGUCGAUUCCUCCUGCGCCGGAAGAUGCACCUCGGGAGAGGGAGAUCAUGACACCUACCGGACCUGUUAAAUUGAACGAGCCCCUCAAACCCAGCAACACGCCCCAAUGGCGUGAACUGAUGGUCACACUGAACCCAAAAGCCGUGGAGGAAAACCGGCCAGGAGAGCCGGAGUUUACGCUCACAUUGGCGAAAGCUUCGACGCCAUCGUCCCUGGUGAUUACAGAGAUAUCAGAGAGGUACCGCGCGCUGAAGGCCCAGUCUGGCUCCACCAUUGAAAUCAGCCCGGAAAGCCGCAUCUAUGCAUCCGACUUUGCCCGCCGGAUCGGAGGAUCGUCGCAGCCUCCUCGAACAGCCUCUCGAAAGGGCACCGCUGCACCUGUGAAGCGUGUUCCGUCAGGCGCGGCCUUGAUCAUGGACUAUGGACCUAUGUCGACAAUCCCGAUCAACUCCCUUCGCGGCAUCCAGAAUCACAAAAAGGUGCCCCCGCUUUCUUCUCCUGGGCAGGUUGAUGUCAGCGCCGACGUUGAUUUCACGUCGUUAGCGGAAGCAGCUAUUGAAGCCAGUGACGGUGUGGAAGUUCACGGGCCUGUGGAGCAGGGGGACUUUCUACAGAGUAUGGGUAUCACGGAGCGGGUGCAGCAAUUACUCAAGGGAAUCCAAGACGACGAAAAGCGGAAGACGGUGGAAAGCAGCUGGAAGAGACUCGUCGAGAAAGGCGGCGGUGGGAUGGGAAAAAUCUACAAGGUCAUGACGAUUAUUCCCGAGAACGGCGGGAGACGUCGACCCGUUGGAUUUGGCGGAGGACUCUAA